AUGUUCCUGCGGGAACAAAAAACCGAGUCACUAGAAGACCUGACUGCGCUUGCGGACCGAUACUUAGAGGCUCAAGGGCAGAACCACCUAGGAAGGGAAAGAAGCGAGAGCACGGAAGCAGGAGGGGAACUCGACGAGGUACAGCCACGAAACCCUCUCGUGAGCGAGAAGAAAUACGAAAUGGAAGGGGGCGCUACCUUUGCAACAAGAAAGGCCGCGACUAAGCCGCAAGCAUCAUGUGUCGUAGUGCAGACACGCAAGGGAGACAGCUCCGUAGAGGAGGGAUACGUAGAACUGAAAAACGGAGUAAAGGUGCCAGUUGUCAAUGCGUUUGUGUCACCGAAGGCGCCAUGCCGAGUAGAUGGGAUGCCAGUUGUCACGGGGAAGAUGGGUAAUCGCCGGGUCUCGGUCCUGCGCGAUGCUGGGAGGAAUACCGUCAUCAUACGGAAAGCGCUGGUAGAAGAAGAGUGUUUGACAGGGGAAGUGAACCCUGUUUAUCUUGUUGACAGCACUGUGAAGUACCUACCGGAGGCGAGGAUAUCCGUCCAUACGCCAUUUUACAGCGGAGUUCUCACAGCAAAAUGCAUGGAGAACCCCCUCUAUGACGUCAUCUUAGGGAACAUUCCGAGCGUACGGGAGCCAAGUGAUCCAGACCCCAAGUGGGAAGAGGCCGGCCCCGACUACGAAGACGCGAAGGUGAACCCCGGAAGUAGCGAAGAAAGCGGAGAACUUAUUGCGGCAGUACAGACGAGGCGACAAAGCAAAAAGAAACCGCAAGGGAAGAGAGAAAGACCCCCGCUGCGAGUGCCUGAGAUAGAAGGAUGGUCAUCCCAACCGGGAGAAAUCGGAAAGGAACAACGAGAAGAGGACACGCUGCGAUGCUGUUUUGAAAGGAUAGGACAGGAUCUAAAAUGCCGCAACGCAAACCACACUUAUGAGUUCACAGUCAGGAAGGGGAUCCUGUACAGGAUUUACAGGAUGGGCGCCGGGAAAGAGUUUCAACAAAUGGUUGUACCAAGGAAGUUUUGGGAAGCCAUGAUGAAGCUUGCGCAUGAAGGAAUCAUGUCUGGACACCAAGGAGCAGACGUAAAGAGAUUCGUGAAGUCGUGCGACCAGUGCCAGCGGACGACGCCCCGAGGGAACGUGACCAAGGCACCCUUUGGAAGGAUGCCGAGCAUUGAAACACCACUUCAACGUGUCGCAGUUGAUCUCAUCGGCCCGAUCUCGCCCGCCACCACAAAAGGGAAUCAGUUUAUACUCACCAUGGUGGAUUACGCGACGCGCUACCCUGACGCGGUAGCCUUGCCGGGCAUCACGACGGAACGGGUUGCGGAGGGUCUCGUCGAGAUGUUUACAAGGACAGGAGUGCCGAGGGAGAUUCUCAGCGACCGGGGACCCGCCUUCAUUUCGGAAGCCAUGCAGGAAGUGAGUCGCCUGCUGUCACUGAAGCAAUUACACAAUUCACCAUACCACCCAAUGGGAAAUGGGUUGGUAGAAAGAUUUAACGGAACGAUUAAGACAAUGCUCAAACGCAUGUGUGAGGAGAGGCCGAAGGACUGGGAUCAGUACUUAGCGCACUUGCUAUUUGCGUAUUGGGAGGUACCCCAAGCAAGUUUGGGCUUCUCCCCCUUCGAAGUGUUGUACGGGCGGCAUCUACGAGGCCCAUUAUCUGUCUUGCGCGAGUGGUGGACUAAUGAGGAAAUCGAACACGAUGUAAAGACGACGCACGAACACGUGUUCGAGCUGCGCAAUAAACUGGAAGAGACAUGCAAGAUAGCGCAUGAAGAGCUGGAUCGAGCGGGCGCAAGGUACCGCCAGCAAUACAACAAAAGGGCCCGCCAGCGACCAAUGGAAGUGGGACAAAGGGUCCUAAUCCUCCUGCCGUCGGACCACAAUAAGUUGCUCAUGCACUGGAAAGGUCCCUACCCCAUCGUCGGAAAGAAAGGCGAAGCAGACUACGCCGUAGAUCUAGGACACGGGACGAAGGUAUUCCAUGCCAACCUCUUGAAAAUAUAUAAAGAAAGAUACGCUGACGUUACGGAACUAGUGAAGACGACGGUGUGCAGCGUCGUAUCCAUAGAGGAAAGUGAAAGGUAG